UUGUAUUUCCCCCUCGGCAGAGGAGAGAUAUCAUCGUCAUCUGGUUUCUCCUCGCUGGUCCAUGCAGAGCUCUCUCUCUGCCCCUUCGUUUCCUUUCUCUGUCUUCUCGCCACCGCCACCGCCAACGCCAACGCCGCCGCAGCGCUGGAUAGCUGAGCUCCUUAGCUGAGUUGCUUCCGGGGGGCGAUGGGAGGUGAUCGGGAAUCGAACUGAAAAAGGGGGAUCUUUCUCUGUUUAUAUCGACUUCAACUGGGAGAUUCUUGUUUGACUCCUUUCUCUCCGCUUAUUUCUGAGCUCUGACCGACGGGCAGAUGGGGUUUCCGUGAAGAGGAGGGCAGCGAUCAUUGGGAGGAUCGGCGUUUGACCUUCGAUUUGAGGGCGAUUUGGACGAGUCGCGGAUGGAGACUGCGAAGUGCAUGAAUGUUGCUUGCGGGGCGACGGAGCCUGGGGGAGAGUGGAGGAGGGGAUGGGGGCUGAGAUCAGGCGGAUUCGCUUCUCUCUGCGUCAAAUGCGGGAUGGCGUAUGAGCAGUUAAUAUUUUGUGACAUUUUUCACCAGAAAGAGUCUGGGUGGAGGGAAUGUUGUUCCUGUGGUAAGCACUUACAUUGUGGGUGCAUUGCUUCAAAGUCUUUCUUUGAUCUACUGGAUACUGGAGGAGUUCAAUGUAUUAACUGCAUAAAGAAUUCAGAAGUUCCUCUUAUGACUAAUGGAAUAAUUCAAAAUUUUGUGUCUCAAAACCAUCAAAGGGUACUAGCUCUUUCAGCUAGGACUUUUAAGGAAGAUACUGAUUCAGCAGUAACAACUCAUGCUUGUGAAAUGUCAGCUAAUACUGCUGAUUUCAAAAUUGACGGUGGAACUUUUUCAAAGGGGAAAUGCACGAGUAAACCGGAUCUAGAACAUAGUGAUUGUGGAAUCAGAUCAUUUGCACAAAUCAAAUCAGAGCAACAUUCACCUGAUGUAGUGAUUUCAAGUUUGUCAAACAGAUACCAAGGUCCAUCGGCCUCCUCCCAAAUCUCUCUGAGGGAUGAGAAAGCUUUAAUGACAGAUAAUUCUUUAUGUGAAUCAUUAUCCCAAGGAUGUAUUAGCAUGAGCUUGGGAAAUACAAACCAAAUUGGCGAUAGAGAAGUUUUAAAUAUUACAGAAAGGUCAUUUCUUUCCCUUCCCAUGGCAUGUUCGAUAUCUGAAGGAAAGGAUGAAAGAAAAGCAUCUGCUACCUUUCAGCAAAUGCAAAGGCCUCAUUCCUUUGUUGUGAAGUGUCCUAGAACGAGUAAUCAAACAUUCUCAGAUUUAUCUAAGAACUCACUUCCAUACAUGCGAGUUGCAAGGCCACCUGCUGAGGGCCGUAACCAAUUACUUCCACGUUAUUGGCCAAGAAUCACAGACCAAGAGCUACAACAAAUAUCGGGAGAUUCAAAUUCUACAAUUGUGCCACUAUUUGAGAAGGUUUUGAGUGCUAGUGAUGCAGGUCGUAUUGGGCGCUUAGUUCUUCCAAAAGCUUGUGCAGAGGCAUAUUUUCCUCCAAUUUCUCAACCGGAAGGUGUUCCAUUAACAAUACAAGAUACAAAGGGGAAAGAAUGGCAUUUUCAAUUCAGAUUUUGGCCAAAUAACAAUAGCAGAAUGUAUGUUUUAGAGGGUGUUACUCCUUGCAUUCAAUCUCUUCAGCUGCAAGCUGGUGAUACAGUGACUUUCAGCCGAAUAGAUCCUGAAGGAAAACUUGUCAUGGGUUAUCGAAAGGCAACAAACACCGUUCCGCUACAGGACUGUCAGAUUUCUGCAAUUGCUAAUGGUACCUUUGGCAAUGAAACAUUGUUCUCUGGCAUCGAUGAGAACAUGACCAUAGCAAAUGGCUAUUCUGGACUUCUUCAGUCAAUGAAGGGAGCUAUAGAUCCAUAUUUGGCAUCUCAACCAGAACAUCUGAAUCAAUCUGAUUUAGACGUUAGUUGGCACAAAGGAGGAAGGUCAAUUGAAGGAUUGCUCUGGCAGCCCUUGCAAAGUAGUAGCCGAAACAUUGGCUCCAAAUCUAAGAGGUUGCUCAUGGAUACUGAAGAUGCACUGGAGCUCAAGAUGAGUUGGGAAGAGGCUCAAGAAUUGCUUCGUCCACCUCCAAGUGCUAAACCUAGCAUCGUCACAAUUGAGGACCAUGAAAUUGAAGAAUAUGAAGAACCCCCAAUUUUUGGCAAGAAAACCAUUUUUACAGCUCGAUCUUCAGGAGAGCAAGAUCAAUGGGUUCAAUGCGAUGAUUGCUUCAAAUGGCGUCAUAUACCUGUAGAUGUUCUUCUUCACACACGAUGGAGUUGUGUUGACAAUGUGUGGGACCCUAAAAGGUCUUCAUGCUCUGCACCUGAUGAAUUGAGCCAGAAAGAAAUGCAACUUCUUCUCAGGCAGUAUGAAGACUUUCGACAGCAGAGUGCCUGUGCAAGUUGGAAGCGUGCUUCAUCAGAGCUAGUAGCAUCUAGCCUUGAUGCCUUUGCCGCUGUCGCAGCAGUUGGGGAUGUAGGAAACCAAAGUAUGACCACAUAUUCUACUACCACUAAGCAUCCACGGCACCGUCCAGGUUGCACAUGCAUCGUCUGCAUCCAGCCUCCCAGUGGCAAAGGUCCAAAGCAUGAUCCCUCGUGCACAUGUAAUGUUUGUAUGACUGUGAAACGCCGCUUCAAGACUCUUAUGAUGCGGAAGAAGAAACGUCAAUCCGAGCGCGAGGAAGCUGAGGCCCAUAAGAAGGUUGCGUGGAACAAGGAAGAAGCUGAAGGAACUAGCAGCUCUUCCAAGGGCUCUCAGCACCCAGACCUUCACCAGGAAAAUGAAUUUGGCCAUGUGGGUAGCAGGGCCGUCAUUGAAAAUCCUGAAUCAAGCAAGGAAGGCAUAGACUUGAAUUGUGACCCUGGGCGCAACGGAGACUCGCAGACAACGAAUCUCCGACUUAGCAUGAUGAGCCUUCUCCAGAAUGCACAACGACCUCUGGAGAUGUAUCUAAAGCAAAAUGGACUUGCAAGCUUGGUCAAUGAACAAGGUAGCCAGGAGAGUCCCAGUUCAUUAAUUCCUGAAACUGUCAGUGAAACUGAAGGAAAAGCAACAGAUGAGAGCCAUUUUACAUCUACAAGUAAAGAGCAAGGUGCUGCAGUCGAUGAAGAUGCUAAAGCAGAAGCAGAUACGAGUGAUACAUCGUGAACAUGUUUCUUUGUGUUUGCAACAACAGAUGACUUCUCUAAAAAAGAAUGCAUUCCCCUUCUGGCUGUUCAGUGAAGUUGUAACUCUCUUCACCCAAGCAUGCAUCUUAGAAUUUUCGAGGCAAUAUGUAUAUCAUCGUCUGGAGCACAUGUAUCAGUAGUUUUCUUUCUCCCUUUAACAGUGUUCUAUUUUAUGCACGUCGGGCACUGGUUUGAUCUGUUGUUCCUACUUCAAGCAAGGUUUUGUGUUUGAUGUAAGAUGGCCUGUUUAAAGUUUGUGUUAUAUUUCUGUGGUUUAAAAUCCAUUUUAUUGUUUCUCUAAA